AUGUACCAAUUCCUAUUCAAGUAUCCCACUGCUGGAGUUUCCAAGAUGCUUCUACCAAAUCAUGACUUCACAACAGUUAGGGGAGGUGACAACAUUGACUUUUUCCCUCCACGUCGUACAUUUGUUGGGCAUGAAGCUGAGAUGCAAGAAGAGGAGACUGAACUCGAUCGAGCUGAGGAUCGAGUUGAGGAAGAGGUCCACGUUGAUAAAGAACUAGGUGAGCCAAAUUGCUACUAUUUUGAGGAGUAUGGAGCUCGAAGAAUGAAUCCCUCUGUUAUAGCUGCUCACAAGAGGAUUGGACUCCUCCAAAAGUUCAACAAGUGGCAAGAGAAGGCAAUGAAGAAGAUGCAGAAGUCCAUGGACAAGAUGGUCAGCAAAAUCAAGACUUUGGAGAAGAAAGUCAAGGGAUCCUCAUCCAAAAGGUCUAAGGCAACUCCCACCUCCCAAUUCCUUAGGAGUCGCUCUGUGCUCACCCAACUAAGCAGGACUUUCUGCUCAGGAACCCCCCAGAGCCUCGUCAUAUGA